UCUCCACGGGUCGUACUUUUUGUGAAAUCAUUUUGUUUGUAAAGUGACAGUACUGCGUGUGAAAUAAUUAUAGUAUGUGUGAAAUAACACAUAAUGCGUGUGUUACGUAACAGUAUGAUGCUUGAUAUAACAGCAACGCGUGAAAAACAAUAGGUCUGUUAAAUAAUACUGUAUGAAAUAUUAAUCUCAUUGUUAACACAUAUGAAUCUAGCACUAACAUGAUUAUGUUACGAGUUAUGUUGUUCUUGUAUUUAAUAUUUUUGCAAAUUGUUAACUUAAAAGCUAAUAACCUUCUUGACCAAAGCAACGUAUUACCCUUUUUUAUGUACACCCCUUUUUCCGUGUGCAUACUCAAAGCAUCCUUCUCUUUGUUUGGGGACGUGAAGCGGUUUUUAUAUUGUACCGUUAGGUUGAGUUGUACGGCUGAAUGCCGAUCUAACAGAGGUUCGAGAAGUACCGUUAUGAUAAACGGUUCUCGUAAUACAAAUAGCAUCUUCUAAUUUUGUUUGUUCAAAAUAUGGCGGAUAGCGAGAACUAUGCAUCGGAAGGGGCCUGGGUCAGGACGGGGGUCUGGGCGUAGAAAGGGGGAGGGGAGGGGCCGUCCGAACGCCAGGGGAUAUGAAUCAAUCCAUAGCCGAAAUUUCCGUAUCGUCGCUGCACCCCUUUUGUUUGUUUUUGCCUUACUUCGAACGUUCGUGUAUCAACUGUGGAUUGUUGUUAUUUUAAUUGCUUGUAAAAGUCGACGAGCCAUUCCAGCAAGAUAUCAUAACAGAAAAAGUGACGAAGAGGAGGGCUGUUCCAUGAUGACCGACAGCCCGAGGGGUAGGAGUAACGUCGGCCCCGGGGAGCCGGCCCUAGCGCAACAGAAACAUCACCACAGGAAGGCCUUCGAGUACAUCUCAAAAGCGCUAAAGCUGGACGAAGAAGAUGCAGGUCGCAAGGAGCAGGCCAUUGAUCUGUAUAAGAAAGGCAUCAUCGAACUGGAGAAGGGCAUUUCAGUAGAGGUCAGCGGACAAGGGGAUUCAUACGAGAGAGCCCGGCGUCUCAAGGAGAAGAUGCUGACCAAUAUGGUGAUGGCCAAGGACAGAUUGGAUGUACUCGAAAAAGUCUUACAACACAUACGAUUAGAGGCCAUUGCUGAAGAGGGAGGUCACAGAGACAGUAAGGGGAGGCAACCCCCCAAAACACAUGUCACUGAUAAGAAUACAAGAGUCGUGGCCCCUGGCAAGAAGACUCCAGUCACCAGCAAACCACUGAAACCAAUGAAGAUGGCCGUUCACAAGUGCAAUACACUGCCUCGCUCCCACAGUGCAAGUCGGGAACCGUCAGGACCAGGGGCGUCGCCACGGGCAACCAGGAAGGCUUCCCUCCAUCACAGGAAUCUGUCACAGGGGGAUGCUCGUGGUGCAACGAAGGGAAAGAGAGAAGUGUCUUUAGGGGGGCUGAAGAACGUCGACAAGAAGCUGGCCAAUAUGAUUCUGAAUGAGGUCAUUGACCAGGGCCCCUCAGUUUCUUUCAUUGAUAUAGCUGGUCAGAAUAUAGCAAAACAGGCUUUACAAGAAAUAGUCAUCCUUCCUGCUCUCCGCCCAGAGCUGUUUACUGGGUUGAGGGCGCCUGCCAGAGGACUGCUUCUGUUCGGGCCUCCGGGAAAUGGCAAAACUAUGCUGGCCAAGGCUGUUGCCAAUGAGUCCAAUGCUGUGUUUUUCAACAUUUCUGCUUCAAGUCUUACUUCCAAAUGGGUCGGGGAGGGUGAGAAGCUUGUCCGCACGCUGUUUGCUGCCGCCCGGGAACUCCAGCCCUGCAUCAUCUUCAUGGAUGAGAUUGACUCCUUGUUGUGUGAGAGGAGGGAGGGGGAGAACGAUGCCAGCCGCCGACUUAAGACUGAAUUCCUGGUCCAGUUCGAUGGCGUUGCGAGCGGGGCUGAGGAGAAGGUGCUGGUGAUGGGAGCAACCAAUAGACCUCAGGAACUGGACGAUGCUGUGCUCAGGCGUUUCCCGAAGCGUGUGUAUGUGACAAUGCCUGACCUUGACACACGGCGCACAAUGCUGAGUCACCUGCUCGUCAAACACGACAAUCCUCUCACGCCAAAAGAGCUUGACCAUCUGUCCAGAUUGACAGAUGGGUACUCUGGAAGUGAUCUAACUGCUGUGGCCAAAGAUGCAGCUUUAGGGCCAAUCAGAGAGCUGAGCAUACAUGAAGUAAAAAAUUUAGAUGCAAAUAAGGUGAGAAAUAUCCAGUUGUCAGAUUUUGGUGAUGCCUUGAAGAGGAUACGACGGAGCGUUCCACUGGAUACCCUCGAGAAGUACGAACGCUGGAACGGGGAAUACGGGGAUAUUACCACAUGAUAUUGUCACAUGACAACUUGGAGCCUUCUCAUUGGCUGAUUCUGUAUGUGCAGUGACCAAUGAAUGCAGUAUACAGUCAAGUUGAAAUCUCUGGCAACAGAGUAUUCCAUGACUCAGAGAGAGAGACGAUGUUUGAACCCAAAUAAAUCGUCAUCUGAAUGAUAUUUGAAAUGCAUAUCUUUACAGCAGUCAGAUUAUUGUACAAAUCAUAGUUUUGUUGUAAAAACUAAUACCUUAUAUCAAUUAUGAUGUUAUGCUAAAUUGGUCUCCGAGGAACAAAGGCAGGCACAAAUACAAUAUAUAUGUGCGAUAUAAACGUUUAUGGAUGAGAGGUGUAUUUCAUUGACUGUAUACCUACAUGGAACAGUAUCGGACCUCAUGAGGAUCCAGUGAAGUAUCCACCAGUUCCUCAAGACUGAAGAUUUACACUGGAGUCUGAUCAGCCUGUUGUCUGUCAGUAAGCAACAACAAUGAUCAAAGCAAAAGGCAUGCCAAGUUUCGCUGUGACUGUGUAAAGACGAUGUGCAAAAAUACUGUUGAUCAUGAUUCGUCAGGUCUGUGAUUAUCUAGGUGAACAUAAAGAUCUGAUUUUGAGAUAAUUGAUUGCUUACAGAGAGACAUGGACGGAGAAAACAUGGAUAAUUAUGGACCGUAUUGGCAUCCAUCUGUACUACGAUAUUUCCCCUACUUUAGCUGUCACUAGGACAUACCAGCUGGUGUAUGAUGUUAUGGACCGUAUUGGCAUCCAUCUGUACCACAAUAUCUCCCCUACUGUAGCUCUCACUAGGACAUACCAGCUGGUGUAUGAUGUUAUGGACUGUAUUGGCAUCCAUCUGUACCAUGAUAUCUCCCCUACUAUAGCUCUCACUAGGACAUACCAGCUGGUGUAUGAUGUUAUGGACCGUAUUGGCACCCAUCUGUACCACGAUUCUGUACCAAAAUAUCUCCCCUACUGUAGCUCUCACUAGGACAUACCAGUCACCAUAGCCUAUACAUUACAAGGUUGUGCUUUAAAACUUUACCUCUUUGUAAUGCUGCAUCAGUCGGAGCAUAUUUUAUAAGAGCUCUAACAUAAGUCAAGCCUUAUUGCCAUUUUGCGUUAGUCUUGAUCAUUGUGCUUUCCAGGUAGUGUUCCCAUGUUCCCUGUUUUAUUUCGUGCCACAAGUCUGUGGAACCACAUCGUUUAACCUGGCAGGACAUCAAUAACAAUGAGAGUAGCUGCCCUGUGCUUUUGUCAUGUUUGGGAAUAUCCAACAUUCUGCAUCCUUGGAUGCAUGACUGGAUGCAUUGUGUCUCUGUUUGAUCUGUCAAAACAGUAUACUAAUUAUAAUCUAUACGUUGUUAGAAUGGGAGUGCUGCUACGUGUAACUGCAGAUACUGUUACCAUGGUUACUCCUGUCACUUGUUGCCAGAUCUGAUGCGUGAGGAGCUUUUAAAGAUGGCUGCCAGCAUGCUGUCUGGUGGAUUUAACUUGUCUGGUCUCCAUCAAUUCAGCAAUAACUGGCUAAACACUUGUUCCAAGAAGCUAAUGUUGUAGUUUUCUCAACGCAUAUCUUAUGAUGUUGACACCUGGAUAGAAAUGGUCACCUGAAGAUGUGUCAAGCCAUGAAACGUUUUGAAUAUGCACAUUUCAUCUGUAUGAUGUUCUGGAUUGUAACUACAAGUAUUAUCCACAACAAAACUGAUUAGCGCCAAGACUUCUGUUUGCAUUCCUACUAGUUGCACCAGUUACAUGUGAUACACUGAGGUCAGUAGAGGUCAGAUGCGUGCAGAUGAUGUAGGCAACCUUCACCUUCACUACUUGACCAACUUCACUGGGUGGACAUGACCUUCACCUUUAGAUGGACUUGACCUUCACCUUCAUGAGGUGGACAUGCCGAUUUGUGUAUUAUUUCUGAUAGUAUUAAUCAUUAUUAUUUGAAGCAAUAGGCGUGAGAGAGAAUGCACCAUUUGUUGUACUAUCUAUACACAGGGAAGUCAGCGUUAUUUGCAUUUAGGCGUUCUCCUUCAUGUCUGUCUGGUGAGAAAUUCAGGGUUUAUCAUGGGAACAGACUCACACUGUUAAGGCUAGCACAAAUUCCACAAAAUCAAACUGUAAACAAAUGAAAAGCUGUGUUUUUUUAUACUAUCGAUAACGUGACCAGUAGCUGCUUAUUCCCCACAAUAAUGAGUGCAGGGAGUUUGGAAAAGUUUAGUUAUGAUAAAUUUGAGUUCAUCCUGUUUGGAUAAACUGUCUACAGAUACCUUUUUACACAGGUUAGGACAUAAAAUUACCAAACAUCUUUGUAAGGUUGCAAAAGCUCAACAAGAAACAAGUAAUCAAUCAAUCAUGAUUGGCAUCACUGUUUUGGUUCCUGUUCACUGAUUGACCCUGAGUUUUAAAGAUGAUGCCAUGAGAACCUGGUCCAUUUACGAAUAUUCAUACCUCAUACCUCACUCAGUUUUCUGCAUAGGGCGAGGAGCUGUUUCAUUUCUCGAAAAAGAAGUAUUGGCAUGUGUUUGUUAAUGGUUUGAACUUGUAGAAUGUUAUCGAAGAUUUUAAAAAUGUUAACUUCCUUUUCAAAUGUGUUAGUGAGUUUUUGUAUGUAUUAAAUGAUGUGUGCUUUGCAUAGGAAGUAGGAUAUGGUUUCUGAUUACAGUGUGUAGAUAAACAUUUGUAUUCAUAGUUGACAACAAGAUGUACGGUGUUUCUCUUUGGCAGCAUGGAACAGGUAAUGUACUUAAUGUGUUCCACUGGUGUAUUGUUAAUAGCAGUCUUUAUUUAGAGUGGUCUCCCUUUGACAUUACUUUUGCGCUACUCCCCUACAACAACCAAGCAUUUAAAGAGGGGACGGAUGUGCCAAUCAAACCACUCAUCUAAGUAUUUGGUGAUUUGUAUUCUCAGGAAAAAGAACAGAUAUUGAAAGCUAAAUAUGGUGUGAAAAUACGUCCAGCUUGCUAUAAGAGUAAAAAAUAACACCCAAAUAAAUUGACUAUUAGUUGUUGUAACAAUAGUUGUAAUGAAAGUAUUGCUGCUUGAUGUUGGGAGGGGUGACGUAUUCUUGGCUGAUGGUGAUCAUAGCUGGGAUAUGUGUGUGAUCAUAGCUGGAAUAUGUGUGUGACCACAGGUGGAAUAUGUGUGUGACCACAGGUGGAAUAUGGAUGUGACCACAGCUGGAAUAUGGAUGUGAUCAUAGCUGGAAUAUGUGUGUGAUCACACCUGGAAUAUGUGUGUGAUCACAGCUGGAAUAUGUGUGUGAUCACACCUGGAAUAUGGAUGUGACCACAGCUGGAAUAUGGAUGUGAUCAUAGCUGGAAUAUGUGUGUGAUCACACCUGGAAUAUGUGUGUGAUCACAGCUGGGAUAUGUGUGUGAUCACAGCUGGAAUAUGGAUGUGAUAACAGCUGGAAUAUGGAUGUGAUCACAGCUGGAAUAUGGAUGUGAUCACAGCUGGAAUAUGGAUGUGAUCACAGCUGGAAUAUGGAUGUGAUCACACCUGGAAUAUGGAUGUGAUCACACCUGGAAUAUGGAUGUGAUCACAGCUGGAAUAUGUGUGUGAUCACACCUGGAAUAUGGAUGUGAUCACACCUGGAAUAUGGAUGUGAUCACAGCUGGAAUAUGGAUGUGAUCACAGCUGGAAUAUGGAUGUGAUCACAGCUGGAAUAUGUGUGUGACCACAGCUGGAAUAUGUGUGUGACCACAGCUGGAAUAUGUGUGUGAUCACACCUGGAAUAUGGAUGUGAUCACAGCUGGAAUAUGGAUGUGAUCACACCUGGAAUAUGGAUGUGAUCACAGCUGGAAUAUGUGUGUGAUCACAGCUGGAAUAUGUGUGUGAUCACACCUGGAAUAUGGAUGUGAUCACAGCUGGAAUAUGGAUGUGAUCACAGCUGGAAUAUGGAUGUGAUCACAGCUGGAAUAUGGAUGUGAUCACAGCUGGAAUAUGGAUGUGAUCACAGCUGGAAUAUGGAUGUGAUCACAGCUGGAAUA